AUGGAAAAUCGGAGGAAGGAAGAGAAAAUUUCUAAAGAAAAGAAGAUUUACAAAGAGCAGAAGCAGUUUUUGAGGAAUGUUAUUCAAGUUUUGAACUUAACUUAUAAGUGAGUUUCAAUGGAUCAGGAAACUGAAUCUUUGAAUGUAAUUCAGCUAGACUUUGGAUAUAGUAGGUUCCAUAAGAAGAUCGCAAGGUUAGGAGUCAGGCAUUUGGAGAAAGUUAUUAUUAGAAUUGAUAAUUUUAAGAGCAAAGAGAGGAACCAGCUGAUUCCUAGUAUUCGUUGUAGUAAGAAAGCUUCAAUUGUGUUAAGUCAGAGCUCAGAGAAGGUCUUUAGUUUUGCUCAAAUUUCAAAACCUGUGUUGCAGACUAUCUUUUGAAAAAUUGGAGUUUUUGCUCUAACUCGUUAUAAAAUUUCAAGAGGAAAUUUUGAAAGAAUUAUCAUAUUUGGGAGAAACAUACAAUCUAUCAAACUCGACGAGUGCAUCCUCGAUACUGAAGGGGUUAAAUUCAGAUCUAACCUUAAGUACAAGAUCAAAACAUUAGAUUUAUAUUGUUCAGGCAAUAAGAGCAAAUCUAAUUGGAUAGAUAACCCAGAAAGAGCUAUUUCUAUCUUCCGAGCAAUAUCUGAGUGCAGCCUGAAUUGUUCGAUUACUACUCUAAUAGUUUCCACCAGACAGCUUAUAAGGAAACAUUUUGAAGUAAUGUUGAAAGGGAUUCAGUUGAAAGGAAUGGACCUUAUUUAUGUUGGUAAAAAAGCCUUCAGCGAUACCUCACUUACAUUUUAAG